AUCUUUUUUUAGGAAUCCCAAGUCAUUGUCGUUGGCGGCGGUGUAAGGUGAAUUAUAUGUAUCCGCUGUCGGUCUCCUUCCUUUUUAGAUCUUCCAAAUUUGAACUCUCUCUCUCGACAAAUUCAAAAUCGUCAUCAAAUUUCAUCUGGUUUAGCUUCCAAGUUUCAAUAAGUGAAAUUUUCUUAGUAUUGGAGCUCAAUUUCAGUGGGAGUUCUCUCUUGAUUUGAUUUUUCAGCAAGAGAUCUUGGUUCUCAAGAGCACUAGUGAGGGAAGAUGGACAAAGUUGAAUCAAAGAGCUCAGAUUUGGUCUGGUGCAAUGGCGAAAUCCGUCCCUUCCAUCCUAAUUGCCUGGCGAAAAACGUAGAAGGGGUCGAUCAGAAAAUCAAACAAAUGGCUGAGAUAAUUGAACAGGUUGGAGAUCUUCCUGCUGAUAAACCCGAGAAUAAAUAUCAAAACCGCCUUCAGUUGAUUGCUCUUCUGGAGGAAAUUAGCCAGGGGCAUCAACUGCUGGCUCAACAGUAUGAUCACUUGCUUGAAAACCGUGUUGCUUCUCUAGCUCAUCAAGACUCAUCCAUGCUGACUCCCGAUCACAGGCUGGGAAAGCAGAAAACUGAACAGCAACCUGUUGCUUUUACUUACCCCCUCGGCUCUGGCAGCAGCAGCUCUAAUGCUUCAGGAAAGGAAGGUUCUCAAUUUUCCUCGCUAUCAUCAGAUUCUGAUUCUGAAUCUUCUAAUGCGUCUCCUAAGACAUGCUUCAGCUUGAAUUUGAGAAAUUCUGGACAAAUGCAGAAAGGAGAAUAUGUGGUGAAGGAGUCUGGGAAUUCAGAGUAUGGUUUGAUAAACGCGAGGGACACUGAUGAGUAUAAUAUGCUGCUUUCGACAAUCUCCAGAUACGAAGAAGAAUUGAGAGCUUCAAAUGGAAAACUUCUCUCUUCAGAAGAUGAAAUUAUGAGGUUGAAUAGUGAGCUUGAGAAUGCCUUGGUGACCACGGAUAAGUGGAAAGCCCAACUUGAGACAACUAAGAACGAGGUGAAAAUGAUGGAGGUUGAUCUUGAUGUAGAGAAAAGGAAGGCGUCAGAGCUUGAAAUGCAAGUUGCUAUGUUGGAAAGCAAGGUGUUUGACUCUAGUUCCCAGAUUGAGACACUAAUGGAAGAGUUGCAAUUAACGGGAAAAAAGUUAGGAAUUUCAGAGGCAGAGCUUUCUGAGUUGAAGCGUGCCCAAUACGAUAGAGAUAAUGAGAUAAGGAAAUUGACAGCUUCACUGCAGGAUGCCUUGAGAAAUGCCGAAAUGGAGAAAGCAUGGUUUCAGUCUCAUAAUUCUAGUUUAUUGGAAAAUCUGACACUUCUAGAGGCAAGACUUGCAGAACGUGAGAUGCAAAUCAAAACAUUGGAAAAUGAGAUCAGGAAAUGCGAAGGUUUGUAUGAAGCACAGGGGAUCAGAUGGCAAGGUGACAUUGAGGGAUUCAAAACGCAGCUGAAUGAGAAACUCGAAUUAGUGGAAUUUUUAAACAAAUCCCAAGAUGGGCUGAAACUGAAGUACGACAUGCUGAUGGCUGAGAAAGACGGGCUUAAUGCUAAGGUACAAGCACUUACUGCGGAGCUAUGUUCUCAAGAGAAUAAUAUUAGACAACUGGAGGGUCAUCUGCACAAAUUGCAAUCACAAAAUGGGGAGCUAAUUGCGGCUUCUGAAACUGCACUCAAAUUUAGGGAUGAACUUGGAUUGAAAGUGGAGAAUUUAGAGAAAGAAGUGGCAAGGCAGGCAGCCAUGAUCUCAGACAGAGCUGAGGAGAAAAGAGAGGCCAUACGGCAGCUAUGUUUCUCACUGGAGCAUUACAGAAGUGGGUAUCGGGAGCUCCGCCAGGCAUAUGUUGGGCAAAGGAGGCACGCAGUAAUUGCUUCUUUAUCUCGGUGAAUUCUAAGAGCAAUCUUAUGUUAAAGUUUACAGUUCUAUAUUUUCUUCUCUAUGUUUAAAUGCUUUGUUGAUGCACUAAUAUCGAUCCUUUAACUUCCAAAAAAAAAAAAAAAAAAGAGGCGUUUUCUU